AUGGCAGGAUUCCUUCAGUCUCUAGCCCACCGAUUCGGCGUGAACAUUCUGUGCUAUGAUUACUCGGGUUAUGGAGCCAGCUCCGGUCAACGUCUGGAAGAAAAUCUCUACGCAGAUGCCGAGGCAGUGUUGGGUGAACUUCAGCAACGAUUCAAAGUGCCGUUAGAUCGAAUUGUUUUAUAUGGACAGAGCAUUGGAACCGCUCCUACCGUGGAAUUAGCCACAAAGUACAAGGUUGGUUUUGAUACUAUUGUGUGA